GACCGAGGCAUCACAGGAGCAGCCACUUUGCGGAAAGAGGCGCGUACCAGUAGCAGGGAGCACGGUUCGGAGUUCCUACGCGUUGAUUGGCCGCGCAAAACUGAAGCCAUCACGACCAUGCGGGUUCCUUCCUGAUCAUCAACCUUCAACAACCGUGACGUAUGCCUUCUGUUCGAUCGGGCUUCCUUACUGGAACGCUCACGCCGUUCCUUUACCCGGCAUUCACCGAGUCGACCCUCCUUGCCGUUUCACGCAGAUGUCCGCUGCACAGACGAUUCCCGCCGCAGUCACGAUGUAGUUCUACAGCCACCGAGCAGUCUGACUACUCGCGGCUCGACCCCACGCCAGACGACUACUCCUUAACCCCUUUCGCCGAUCGAGCCAUCCUUACCUUGGAAGCUGGCGCUGGCGGCCAUGGCUGCGUGUCGUUUCUGCGCGAAAUGUACACCCCAGAAGGGCCGGCCAAUGGCGGUGAUGGAGGGAGCGGAGGGAACAUAUACAUCCAGGCAGUGCGCGGUGAAACGUCAUUGCAUAAACUCGCUCGACGUCGUCUCAUCAAGGGUGGACGAGGUCGCAACGGCCAGGGCAAAGUAAAGGGUGGCGAAAGAGGCGCAGACGUGCUGAUCAAAGUGCCGGUGGGGACCAUUGUGCGGGAAAUACAAAGGCACGACCCUGUCGACAUUCUUCUUCAGGAGGCAGAGAGGGCAGAAAGGGAGCGUGGGCGGGCAGAAGCAAACGGCGACGUUGUGGAAGAGGAUGGCUACAAAAAGGAUAGAUGGCUGGUCUACCCUGGAACAGUGCCCACGGAACUGAAUAGGAUGAAGUUUCCUCAGUUACCGAAGCCUCGAAAGUCGCAUCUUGCUGCGCUCGAACCGCAGUCGCCGUUGUGGUUAGAUCUCGACAAGCACAUGGAGACGCCUAUGCUACUGGCAGCUGGCGCUAUGGGCGGCCUGGGCAACCCCAACUUCAUGACACCCUUCAACAACAGACCAAAGAUGGCUACAAGAGGAGAGGAAGGUCUCAAGAUCUCGGUCCAACUCGAGCUGAAGAUCCUUGCAGACUUGGGUCUUGUCGGCCUUCCCAACGCCGGAAAGAGCACGCUACUUCGAGCCCUGAGCAACAGCCGUGCUCGAGUCGGCAACUGGGCCUUCACGACCUUGCAGCCAAAUGUUGGUACUGUUGUUCUCGACAACCACAAGGGUCGUCCUCUUGUCACGAAGCGUAACAAGCACGGCGAGCUGCGUGAGAGCUUCACCAUCGCCGACGUCCCCGGCCUCAUUGAAGACGCACAUCUGGACAAGGGGCUAGGUCUCGGCUUCCUACGCCACGUCGAGCGCGCCGCAGUCCUAGCGUUCGUCAUCGACCUCAACGCCGGCGACGCCGUCCAGGCCCUCAAACUGCUCUGGCGAGAAGUCUCCGAGUACGAGUCUCUGCGCGGCAAGGAGCUCAACGCCGAGACCGAGCGCAGGACCGUCCUGUUCAGACCCGUCAACAUGCCCGAACCCAAACGCGAGACCGACAUGCUCGACACCCCCGACCUGGACCCCUCGAUCGAGCCCCUGCCGUUCCUCACCUCGGAGCCCAUCUCUGCGAAGCCAUGGCUCGUUGUCGCGACCAAGGCGGAUCUGGAGGGCACGCAGGAGAACUACGAGAAACUGCGCAAGUAUCUCGAAGAUGUGAGGACCGGUGCACAGCCUCAUCCUAGUGGGCGUGCGAAUGCGUGGAAGAGAGACGUGUCGUCGGUGCCAAUCAGUGCAAUUCAUGCGCACGGUGUAGAGGCAAUCCCACAGAUGGUCAUGGACUUGUUGGACGAUUAGAUGAUUAUGAUACUACAGCCAAUCCACUCUUACCAUGC